GAUGAUGAUAUUGCUGAAAAUGACUUUGAUUUGGGAAUAACAGAUGAAGAACCGUUUCAAGGACACAAUAUACAGGAAACAGUGGAGGAACAUGAAAUUUCUGAUGACCCAGCUGUAUUUAGAAUCGUUAAAGAUUUAUCGUAUGAAGUAUGUGAACUGCAGGCACAUAAUGAAUUUUUGUUGAGGGAUGUACAUGUAGCUGAUUUGAAGACGGAGAAUGAAUCGUUGAAGAGACAACUUCAUUCAUGUUCGCAAUACACGGGGGCCAUUCAAAAUGCCUAUUAUGCCUGUUCCACUCAACAUGCUGCAUCUCUGCUUGUUUCCUUGAGCACAGCUAAGACAACAAAGUUCGGUGCUGAAUUGAUUCUUGAUAACGAUGAAAAGACCCAAUUUUAUACAGGUCUGACAUCAUACAGCCUUUUUCAAACACUGUUUAAGUUAUUAAAACCAUUUAUGGAAAAAAGAAUCAGUAAAAAGAGACCACCUCUCUGGUCUAUAAAGGAUGAAUUUUUUAUAACGCUGUCGAAACUAAGGCUAGGGUUGCUCUACAAGGAUAUUACUUGCCGUAGUAACAUAUCUGAGUCUAAUGUUUCCAAGAUUUUCCAUAAAUGGCUAGACAUAAUGUAUCGUGAAUUACGACAACUCAUUGUGUGGCCUGAUGGAGAGAAGCUGUAUGAAACACUUCCAAUUCAGUUCAAGAAGCACUACUUCAAUGUCAUAUCGAUUAUUGAUUGUUUCGAAAUUUUCAUAGAAGAAUCGCUAUCAUUAGAAUCAAGGUCUUGUACAUACAGCCAGUACAAGAAACAUAACACUCUUAAAGUUUUGAUCUCCAUAGCACCAACUGGUUCUAUAACAUUUAUAUUAAAUGUAUGGGGUGGAAGGGUUUUGGACAAGGUCAUAACUCAGAAGUCAGGAUUUUUAGAUAAGAUAUCGUAUGGCGAUGUAGUAAUGGCUGAUUGAGGUUUCAAUAUUGCAGAUGACUUGGCUAUUCGAGGAGCUUAUUUGGAAAUUCCAGCCUUUACAAGAGGCAAGAAACAACUAUCAAUGGCUGAAGUUGAGAAAACCAGACAACUGGCACGGCUACGAAUUCAUGUCAAAAGAGUAAUUGGGUUAUUACGUAACAAAUAUAUAAUUUUACAUGGAGUACUUCCGAUCACUUUAGUGAAACGCCCUUCAGAUACAAAUGUAGCAACAAUUGAAAAAGUUGUUACCGUAGCAGCUGCAUUAACUAACACAUCCAGUUCAAUUGUAUUUAAGUAAUAUUA